AUGGCCGGACUAUUUUUCGCUGUGAGUUCUCUUACUUGUUUAUUUAUGUUUUCCGAGGCAUAUACAAUAAAUGAUGAACUGAGUCUACAUGCUGCGAUAUUCAAUUCCACAUACGACCGCGACGUUCGACCGGGAGCAACUAGGUCCACUCCAUUACAAAUUAAUGUGACAUUUACCUUUAAGAGUAUUAAGGAGCUUGAUGAAUCUGUCGGGAAAUUCUCCAUUACUGGAGCACUAGGGGUCUUCUGGGUAGACCAUCGAUUGUCAUGGAAUCCAGCUGAUUACGGAGGGGACUUGAAUACUACCGUGGUCCCCCAAAAGAAAGUCUGGAUACCCUUCCUUGUUAAUAUGAUGGACUUUGAUACACUGAAGGAGAUCGGUCAUAACGAACUACAUUUACGAGUUGGGAGCGACGGAAUAGUCACUUGGGUCACGCCUAACAUGUUUGAGAGUACUUGUGACGCUGAUAUGUCGUAUUAUCCAUUUGAUUCACAAACUUGUAUCUUGAAGUUCUAUAUACCAGGAUUCACAUUCUCCGAAAUCGAGUUUACAAUCCCUAGGACCUCCAUGGACAUGAAUGAGUAUAGUAAAAACGGACUCUGGGAAGUGAAAGAAACUCGAAUCUAUACUGCUACAAACUCGCAACAAAUUCAAGAGUUGCGAAUGGCCAUCAGCAUGAAAAGGCGACCGGUGUAUUAUAUAUCUAGUUUGAUACUGCCAGUUGCUUUUCUGUCAUUUCUACAGUUAAUAGUAUUUCUUAUGCCACCAGAUUGUGGUGAACGUGUUGGAUUUGUUACCACGGUCCUUCUAGCCAUUGCUGUCUAUCUCACCUUAGUACAAGAUAAAUUACCAGAAGGUUCGGAGCCCAGUGUUUCAUACCUCAGUUACAAACUGUUGGGAGACUUUAUGAUCGGAGUAUUCAUGACGAUAAGUGUUAUUGUUGGGCUACGGUUUUAUCAUAGGGAAGAUGAAAAAAUAAUUCCCAGUUACUUGGAGACGUUUCACAGAAUUUCAUUUGGUUGCUGUCGUUGCAGGAGAAAACAUAAAGUGAAUUUGGAAGAGAAGGAAAGCACAAAAGAAGUGACAAUAGAUUCUGUAUCUAAGAUUCUGACAUGGCGAGACAUCGGAAUGGCAACAGAUCGUUUCAGUCUUAUCUUCUUUGGAAUGAUGUUGUUUAACUGCAACUUUGUUUAUCUUGUUGUGAUGGCUGCCUUUGCUUAG